CUCCAUCCACAGUUCUUAUCUUGGGCUGCACGUUGCUUGUCGGUGAUUAUUAACAAACAGCAUUGUCUACGAAUAAGUCAAAGGACAAAACUGUUUACACGCGACUGCAGGGGGAGAGGGAGGAGGUGGUAAGUGCUUAGUAUAUAAAGGGCAGAAGGUGCACAUGUGGAGCCACUGACAGAACCGUGCAAGUGGAAUGCUGUUGCACUCCUUUGUGAACGUACCUUGUAGGCGAACGUACGCAGUUGGCACCGUGUCACUGUUUGCUGGCUUUUUGGAGCCUUUUCAUUAAAAAGGGAAUAUUCCAUUUUGUGAACAAGAUUAUUCUAACUGUACUUAAGAAAUAUCAAAAAAUGGAUAUUAGAAUACUUUGCUCCAUGUUGUCAAUGGUGUACUCUGGAAUUUUACAUGCAGUCUCAUCCGCUCCUAUGGAAGAGGAUACAGCGGCUUCCACCACAACCACCACGGUGCCAGUGCGCCACAUCAGGAACAAGCGAUGCUCCUGCGCAACGUUCCUGGACAAGGAGUGCGUUUACUUCUGUCACCUGGACAUCAUAUGGGUCAACACGCCUGAGCGCGUGGUUUCCUACGGUCUGGGCAACGCUUCUAGAAAGAAGCGCGCCAUCAAGGAUCCCGCCAUCUCCAAGCAGGACCCUCGCUGCAAGUGCGUCCAUGAAGAUGACAGCACAUGUACCAACUUCUGUCAGCUUGAAAUUUACCUGAGAUACGCUGCAGCAGCAGCAGCAGCAGUAACGCCAGACACAGCGAUCCACCCCGCCGUGGGCGCUGACUGUGCUGAGAGGCAUCAGUGCAAACACAAGUUGGCAGCCAAGACGAGUAGGAUUAAAAGGGUGAAAUACAGAGACCAAAAAGCAGUGGGCCCCUCAGCUCUUGGUGCCACAGUCAAAGCUCGCUUGCUGCUGGAGAAAUGGAUGGUGGGACAACAACACAGGGCACGAGAAGAGAGAUGAGAUGUCCACAUACUCUGUCUCACACACAGAGGGCAGAGAUUCAUCUAUCUCUCUCGAUCCACCUGUCAUUGGGGACUCAUAUGAUUUGGUCCCUCGAGAUGCAUUGGAUACUCCACAGGAAGCCUGAUACUGGACCCCAUGUUGGCUCAGUCACGGUGUGGGUCAUUAAAAGGGGUGAAUGGCAGUGAUGGUGGGUGCAGUGUCAUAACGUCUCCACUGGACUUGUCCUUCUUCAUCAGAGAGAUGUAGAUGGUUGGAGACACAUGCAGGAGAAAUGCAAUGAACUUGAGUCAACCUUAUUGACACCACAUCCUAAAGACAAAGACGGACACUCGAUGGUCCUCCUGUGUACUGUUGACACACCUUUGGACUUCAGCAGCAACCCUCAAAGAGAACUUUCAUAGCUAAUAAAUUGAAUGGCUGAAACUUUACUCUAUGCAUGCCUCUGAUUAUCACUGGGUUUGAGGGACAGCUACACAACAGCAUCAGAAGCACUGUUGCUGCUACAGUGUAUCCUGUCCAAAGUUCUUGUGUCUGCUCUCUCAAGAAAACAUUGGAUUCAUAGAAGAUCACAAUCUCAUAGACUUAUUGAAUUGACUCUAUGACCUGGCAUAAGAAACACAACUGAUUGAUUUCAGGCGUUAUCACAGUUUGUCUAAGUUUCACUACUUUUGACAACAGACCUUUCCAAAUGAUCUUAUGGUUAUCCAUUAGAACGUUAGCGUUUUCUGAUUAUAUUUGGUUCUAUUUAUUGGCGUCUGAGAUUUCUCUAUACACAUUGUAUAAUAAUUAAUGCACAUUGUUCUGUCCCUAUGUUUUAUUUAUUCAAUUUAUUUAUAGCCAUAUUGGCCCCAUCCAUGUGAUAAUUGUAUGUCAUUUCUGUGAAAUGCUUUUGUCGCCAAGAUACAUUUGGCAAAACUUAGGGAAAUAAAUUGUCACACUUAUU